AUGUUGCCCCAAUCAAUCUUGAGCCUGGCCGCAGUCGGUCUGCUCAGCGCGACUGCGACGGGAAACAUGCUGGCAUGCGCCAUGGCCGACGGCAACUGCGAAUACAACAGUGACGUCGAGCACAACCACCCCACUCCACCAGCUGGGCCUCCAUCCGGAAUGCCUUCGGGAUGGUCUCACCGUCCCGACGGACCCAGGCCUACUCCGCUGAAUGGCCAGCAGCCAGACGUGACCGGUGGCGCACAGCCGCCGGCUACGACACAGCCGCCUAAGCUCCUGCGCCGAUGGGGUGGUGGUGGUGGUGGUGGUGGGCCAGGCGGGCCGGACCACGAAGGUGAAGGUGGCCCUCCCGAGGGCUUUCCCUUCAGUGGUCCUCAUUCCUGGGGUCCUCACUCCGGCGGUCCUCACCACCAUCAUUCUAAAGGAGCCGACGAGAAAGAAUUUGCUGGCGGCCCUCACUCUGGAGGACCUCACGGUGGCCCUCACUCUGGAGGACCUCACGGCGGCCCUCAUUCUGGAGGACCCGAAAUGCCUGCCACGGGAGGCCCACAACCUACCGGGGGUGCGAAGGCUACCAAGAGGUUCGAAGCUUGA